CCACUGCGUCCUGGGCGAACGAAGGCCGGGAUUCACCGCGAGAGUCGAGACCGCUUUGCUUACGCACGCGCCACGCAGUACGCACUACGCACCUUGCCUCGCGCGCUUCGGACCGGGAUGGUCUUGACGACUCGUCGCGCGUGAUAAUCGCUCGCGGUGGCCUGGUGACGCGGUGUCGUCGGCGGCUCUCCCAGGUUUCCGGUCCCCAGGUUCCCCGACGCACGCGGCAGCGCUCCCGCGGAGAUACCCGCAGUUUCGUUCCGUCCCGACCAGUCGGCGAGGCACCGUGAAAUAUGCCGCCGCAAGCGAACGUGCUGCCGAAGGAGAGGCUCGAGACACCGUCGAGCGGGAUUAACGCCGUUCUGCUGGGGCCACCCGGUAGCGGCAAGGGCACUCAGGCUCCGCUGUUCAAGGACAGGUACUGCGUGUGCCAUCUGUCCACGGGUGACAUGCUGAGGGCCGAGGUCAGCUCCGGUUCCACCCUCGGGGCUCAGAUCAAGAAGGUGAUGGACGAGGGCAAGUUGGUCAGCGACGAUCUGGUCGUCAGCAUGAUCGAGAGCAACCUGGAGAAGCCCGAGUGCAAGCGUGGCUUCCUGCUGGACGGCUUUCCGAGGAGCGUGCCUCAAGCGGAGAAGCUCGACGAGAUGCUUAACAAGAGGAAAACGCAGCUCGACGCUGUCGUCGAGUUUGGCAUCGAGGACAAGCUGCUGAUCAGAAGAAUCACGGGCAGGCUGAUACAUCCGGCCAGCGGUAGAUCGUACCACGAGGAGUUUGCCCCUCCCAAAGUCCCCAUGAAGGACGACAUCACCGGGGAGCCCCUGAUCAAGAGGUCCGACGACAACGAGGAUGCCUUGAAGAAACGAUUGACCACAUAUCACACGCAGACCGCACCUCUCGUCGAUUACUACGCUCUGCAAGGGAUCCAUCACUACAUCAAUGCCGCCCAGUCCGCCGAAGAAGUCUUCAAGAAUAUCGAUCAGAUCUUCCUGAAAGCCACGAAGAAGAAGGGCUUCUUCAGCAGAUUUUUCUAGAACACUGCCAACAGAAGUGCUUUCCAGAAUGUUUUCUUUUUCAUAAAAUUUAAUUCUUCAAUUUUGGCUUCCGCCCCGAAAGAAACCCAGGAAUAAUUGUGAACAAUUGUAAUAGCGGCUCAAGUGUUCAACGCUUGUCCAACAAGAGUAAUUCGCGUUUCGAUGUAAUUCUAGUAACAUGAACGUCACGUUCACAAGGAUCACUGUAAAAGGCACGGUCGUAUCUCGCGGCAAUACGUAAGACGAAGAUAUGUAGCAGUAUUUAAUACACGGACACCAUAUUCUAGGAAGGUAUAAGGUGCUACGGUCGUGGAUCGAGUGUACACGGUCUACCGAUGCUGAGAAUGUAAAAUAAUGUAAUGCCUAUUAGCUUAGUGAAGAAACCGACACAUUUGUACAUAGUCGUUGAAGAGUAUUCCAAUCCGUUGUUACCAUAUUGCGUGAUACUGCCCACUUUACAUUGAGGCAGUCUUUCGUAUAUCUCGAUAUAUUUUUGUUUUCUUUUUACCGCGAGAGUCUAUCGUAUUAAAAUGUGCGAAACAACGGCGAGGAAACGAGCACGGCGACUACACGCACUAUCUACAAAUGCGCACUUUUGUUUUUUUUGUCGACUUUUUGAUAUUUCGUUACUUUUAGCGUUAAGCGCGAACGACCUAUUUCGAAUUUUAUCCUUUUGCCAAUUCUGAAGAUGGGAUCGAGUGGUAGAACUUUCAAUGUCGAUAUUCUUGGCCACCCAGAAUAAAGGAAUUAUAAUCGACUCGAGCCUGAAAUUUCGAGUUGAUUAUAAUUUUCGGGUUGACAACGAUAAUAAUGUUCAACUGCCACGUUUGAUGGGGAAACGUGGACUUUGUACAUACGCUUGUACGUACAAUUGCGUCGCGUGCUCUAUGAUCGCGUGCUAAGAGAAACGGUAUAGCUAAAGUGCAAGAGUGACUGCGCAGAUUCGCGGAAGGACAAAUGCGGAGUUCUCGAAAACAUCUAACGAUUUUACGAGGAUACUGACAAAGUGCAACGCAAAUUAGAGACCUAUUUUACAUAGAGAAAGGAAGCGUAGAUGUAUUUUUAUAUCUACGCUUUUAUAGAUAUAUUUUUCUGGCGGGUAUCCCUAUGUAUGUGUACACAAAACACAAAAACUCUUGAUAUUUUCCGAGGAAGGAAGUGAAACAAAUGUAAAUCUGUGCAAGAAUAAAUCACAUCUGAAGUUCUUCGCGAUAUCUCAA